GAGCUAGUUGCCUUUAGGGGCAGGUGUCACAAAUCCCGGCUGCCAGAGGUCAAAUUUAGUACCUUAAUCUGUUUAACGGAACUUGUGUGGAGGCAACAGGACAAACAUGCUUAAGUUAAGGACUUGUGCAGCAAAGCUGAGGCCGUUGACGGCCUCACAGACUGUAAAGACAAUUUCUCAACACAGGCUGGCAGCACCCAGGACGUUUCAACAGAUCAGGUGCUACAGCGCACCGGUGGCUGCCGAGCCUUUUUUGAGCGGGACUAGUUCAAACUACGUGGAGGAAAUGUAUUAUGCUUGGCUGGAAAAUCCAAAAAGUGUACAUAAGUCAUGGGACAUCUUCUUCCGCAACGCCAAUGCUGGAGCUGCUCCAGGCACCGCUUACCAAAGCCCCCCUCCACUGAGUACCAGCCUUUCCACGCUGCCCCAAGCCCAGUUCCUGGUUCAAGCACAGCCCAACGUAGAUAAACUGGUGGAGGACCAUCUUGCAGUACAAUCUCUCAUCAGGGCGUAUCAGAUUCGAGGGCAUCAUGUAGCACAACUCGACCCACUGGGCAUCUUGGAUGCAGAUCUGGACUCCUCCCUUCCAGCUGAUAUUAUCACAUCCACAGACAAACUGGAUCUCGCAGUGUUCAAGGAGCGGCUGAGAGUGUUAACAGUAGGAGGCUUUUACGGGCUGGAUGAAUCUGACCUCGACAAGGUCUUCCACUUGCCCACAACAACUUUCAUUGGUGGAAAUGAAUCGGCUCUUCCACUCCGGGAAAUCAUCCGUCGGCUGGAGAUGGCGUACUGCCAGCACAUCGGGGUGGAGUUCAUGUUCAUCAACGACUUGGAGCAGUGCCAGUGGAUCCGGCAGAAGUUUGAGACCCCUGGCAUCAUGCAGUUCACCAAUGAAGAGAAACGUACGCUGCUGGCCAGGCUGGUCCGCUCUACCAGGUUUGAGGAGUUCCUCCAUCGGAAAUGGUCUUCAGAGAAGCGUUUUGGUCUGGAGGGCUGUGAAGUGCUGAUCCCUGCCUUAAAGACCAUUAUUGAUAAGUCGAGUGAGAAGGGAGUGGAUUAUGUUAUCAUGGGGAUGCCCCACAGGGGACGCCUGAAUGUUCUCGCCAAUGUCAUCAGGAAAGAGCUGGAGCAGAUCUUCUGCCAGUUUGACUCCAAGCUGGAGGCUGCUGAUGAGGGCUCCGGGGAUGUGAAGUACCACCUGGGAAUGUACCACCGGCGGAUUAACCGCGUCACCGACAGGAACAUCACCCUUUCCUUGGUGGCAAAUCCUUCCCACUUGGAGGCAGCUGAUCCUGUUGUUCAGGGCAAGACUAAAGCGGAGCAGUUUUACUGCGGGGACACGGAAGGGAAGAAGGUAAUGUCCAUCCUCCUGCACGGAGACGCCGCUUUUGCUGGGCAGGGCAUCGUGUAUGAGACGUUCCACCUGAGCGACCUGCCCUCCUACACCACCCACGGCACCGUCCACGUUGUGGUGAACAACCAGAUCGGCUUCACAACAGACCCCCGGAUGGCCCGUUCCUCCCCAUACCCGACUGAUGUUGCUCGCGUGGUGAACGCGCCCAUUUUCCACGUCAAUGCAGACGACCCUGAGGCUGUUGUCUACGUGUGCAACGUGGCAGCGGAGUGGCGAAGCACCUUCCAUAAGGACGUGGUGGUGGAUUUGGUUUGUUACAGGCGCAACGGUCACAAUGAGAUGGACGAGCCCAUGUUCACGCAGCCCCUGAUGUACAAACAGAUCCGGAAACAGAAGCCAGUGCUGCAGAAAUAUGCAGAGCUGCUGAUUUCCCAGGGGGUGGUGAAUCAACCGGAGUAUGAGGAGGAAAUUGCCAAGUAUGAUAAGAUCUGCGAGGAGGCCCAUGCAAGGUCCAAGGAUGAGAAGAUCUUGCACAUCAAGCACUGGCUGGACUCACCCUGGCCUGGUUUCUUCACUCUGGACGGCCAGCCCCGGAGCAUGACCUGCCCUUCCACUGGUCUGAACGAGGAGGACUUGACUCACAUUGGUCAAGUGGCCAGCUCGGUGCCGGUGGAGGAUUUCACUAUCCAUGGAGGUUUGAGCCGUAUUCUGAAAACCCGUGGGGAGAUGGUGAAGAACCGGACGGUGGACUGGGCCCUGGCAGAGUACAUGGCGUUUGGCUCCCUGCUCAAAGAGGGCAUCCACAUCCGCCUCAGCGGCCAGGACGUCGAGAGGGGCACGUUCAGCCAUCGCCACCACGUCCUGCAUGAUCAGAAUGUGGACAAGAGGACCUGUAUCCCCAUGAACCACCUCUGGCCCAACCAGGCUCCUUACACUGUCUGCAACAGCUCCCUGUCGGAGUAUGGUGUCCUCGGCUUUGAGCUGGGCUUUGCCAUGGCCAGCCCUAACGCCCUGGUGCUUUGGGAAGCCCAGUUUGGGGACUUCCACAACACAGCUCAGUGCAUAAUCGACCAGUUCAUCUGUCCUGGGCAGGCCAAGUGGGUCAGACAGAACGGCAUCGUCCUGCUGCUUCCCCACGGCAUGGAGGGCAUGGGCCCCGAGCACUCCUCCGCCCGCCCGGAGCGGUUCCUGCAGAUGUGCAACGAUGAUCCCGAUGUCUUCCCCGUGAGUGGCAGCCGUGCUGAGCUCAGCACGCCCCCUCCCGUGUCUGGAUCCACCGCUGCCUUGAAAUGGGGAGGGGGGGCCUUCAAAGUCUUUGAGCGGAUGGCUCGUCAGGAUGAUGAGAAGAGGCGCCGAGAGCUGGAGGCGAAGCUACGGAAGAAGGAGGAGGAGGAGGAGGCUGCUGCAGCUGCUGAGAGGGUGAAACUGUCCCCUGCAGCUCAGGAGGUUGAGGUAGAGACAACAGCAGAGCCCAUCCCAGUGCCAGAUGCCGGGGGAGCUGUGGGGACGCAGGAUGUGGCUGUAGCCCAGGACAUGGCGCCCAGUCCUGUGUCGGUGGAGCCCCCGGGGACCUCUGUCCCAGCAGAGCCCUGGCCAGCAGAACUGCCCACGAGACAGGAGCAGUUCCAGACAAACCCCGACAGCUACAACGGAGCUGUACGAGAGAAUUAUGCCUGGUCACAAGACUACAGCGACCUGGAGAUUAAAGUGCCUGUGCCCAAGCACAUCGUAAAAGGCAAACAGGUGUCAGUGGAUAUCAGCAGCGGCACGAUUCGCGUAGCAGUGCUGGAGGGGAGCAGCCAGCAUGUCCUGAUGGAAGGGAAACUCACCCACAAGAUCAACACGGAGAGUUCCCUCUGGAGCCUGGAGCCAGGGAAGUGCAUUUUGAUCAACCUGAACAAAGGAGACGAGUAUUGGUGGAACGCCAUCCUGGAGGGCGAGGAGCAGAUCGACAUCGACAAGAUCAACAAGGAGCGCUCCAUGGCCACGGUGGAUGAGGAGGAGCACGCUGUGCUGGACCGCCUCACCUUCGACUAUCACCAGAAGCUGCAGGGCAAGCCCCAGAGCCAUGAGCUGAAGGUGCACGAGAUGCUGAAGAAGGGCUGGGACACCGAGGGCUCCCCCUUCCGCGGCCAGAAAUUCGACCCCUCCAUGUUCAACAUCUCCCCUGGUGCCGUGCAGUUUUGACGACGGCGAAAAGCAGCCAAGAACCGAAGUGGGGAGAGGAGAAACUCACCUGGACACCCACCCGGGACCCUUGCACCCGACUCUGGUGAUCGUAACCCCCUCGCCAGCCCCCUCCCAGUGCCCUGCGCCGGCACCGGGCCCGAUUUGCUCUGCGUGCGGGGAAACCUGGCGAAUGCAGAUUUACGUCCCGUCACCAAGGCAACCCGAGCGGCUGGGACCCUUCUCCUCUCCUCGCCUCGCGCUGGCGACGGCUCUGUUGUUUUUCCGGAAUUAGACAGAGCUCGUUGGGUGACAUAAUUAUUAUUUCUGGUGGCUGAGGAUGCUUCUUUUUGGGCUUCUGGGGGUGCAGAUCCCUCCCCGCCCUGGCAGUGGGGCUGUGCUCUCCGCAGCCCCGAGUACGGGCAGCAGGGAUGGGAGGGGGCACGUGGGGGGAGAGUCCGUCCCUGCCUGCGCCCUGCCUGCCUGGCACCCCCAACUCCCCUUGCUGGGCCCUGCUCUGGGGUCUCCAGUGCUGCGAGGGUGG